AUGGGACGAUGGGCUGUUUCUUUAGGCCCAGCACAGCCCGCUCCUAUGGGUCAUGCCGACCCAACUUACUACAAUGUUGGGUCGUGCUGGCCCGGCCCGGCCUUUUGGCGUGCCGAGCCACGGGCCAAAAUGGGCGCCAGAUACAAAAUAGCCCUUGGCUUGGCAUCCUUACUACUCUAUCUUCAUGAAGAGUGGGAACAGUGUGUGGUCAACAGAGACAUCAAAUCCAGCACUAUCAUGAUGGAUUCAAAUUUCAAUGCCAAGCUCGGAGAUUUCGGCUUGGCCAGGCUUGUGGACCAUGAGCUGGGCUCACAAACAAUCGUCUUGGCUGGCACCAUGGGCUACCUCUCCCCAGAAUGUGUGACCACCGGCAAGGCCAGCAGGGAAUCCGAUGUUUACAGCUUUGGCGUUGUCGCCCUUGAGAUCAUAUGUGGAAGAAGGCCAGUUGAGCCAAGGGCAGAACCAAGCAAGACAAGGUUAGUAGAAUGGGUGUGGAGCCUGUAUGGAAAAGGCCAACUCCUUGAAGCAGUAGACAAGGGGUUGUCUAUGGAAUUCGACCAGAGGCAAAUGGAGUGCUUGAUGACAGUUGGGCUAUGGUGUUGUCACGCUGAUAGCAGUCACCGCCCAUCAACAAGGCAAGUGAUAAAUGUUCUUAGCUUUGAAGCUCCACCGCCUAACCUUCCAAUGACCAUGCCAGUGCCCAUGUAUUUUGCACCUCCGAUGCAUAUGUGUAAGUUCUCCUAUACGUCUUCUGCUACCCCCACUGAUUCACAGAGGCAUCAAAGUGGGUGUUCCUGCAACACUUGCACCUCAGAUUCUUCUAUGUCAUUAGGCUCUUCUAAAGCCCUUUUGAAAUUGCCCAAACCUGAUGUGUGA